AUGGCUCAAUCAUACUCUCCUAAACCAUCAGCCCGCUGGAGUAGCUCCUCUUUCCAACUACCCGUCGACUCCGAAACUCCACCUCCUCCUCCCCCGAAGCCGGAUAGCCACGAAGCAAGCCGACGCGGGACUCCGUUGGCUGGAAGUCUACCGACUCCGCCCAGUCAGUCUCAGGGAUUUCAGAGCCCGAGGAAUUUUGCAAAUGAUCACACUCCUCCGGCAAAGCCUGCUGCUCAGGGAUUUGGGGCAGAACAACACCAAGCGUUCGCCGAACCGCCGCGUUUGGAGGAUGAAUGGUUGCCGGAUAUAGUUAAGAAUAAAACAACGCCAGAACUACAAUCAAUUCUCUCAAACCCCUCCCUCCUCUCCGCUCUAUCCACCUUACAUCCAUCCUAUCCAGCAUCGCAACAAGUCCUCCAAUCGCAUCUCGACUCCAACAAAGCCCUAGCCCAACACGUCCUCGACCUAGAAUCGCGAGUCGCCAAUCUCCGCUCAACCACCGAAUCCCUCUUACUCAACCAUCAAUCCCUCGAAGUGUCAUGGCGCAAGAAACAGACCGAAAUGGAUGCGGCGCUGGAACCUUGGUCCCCGAAAGCGUUGUAUCAAAGACUCGCUGCGGCAGUUGCAGAGCAGGAAGCUAUAUGUCAUGCGGUUGAGGAGAGUUUUCUGGAAGGUGAUCAUCAUAUGGGCCGUGCUACAGAUAAAGAGGUUGCGGAUUGGGUGAGGCGGAUUAGGACGGAGGGUGCGAAGCUGGAGUCUAGGAAGGAAGCUAGAGCGAGGUGGGAUGAGGGUAGAGUGGGUGGAUGGCGUUGA